GCAUUUCUUCGACCAUUCAGGGAGCACCACAUCGAUCCGACUGCCAUCACUCGCCACGACUUCAUCGAAACCAAUGGCGAUAACUGCAUGAUCCCCAUCCUACCGCUGGCUCACAUGGCCUACAAGUUCCUCAGUUACACACCAGAGGCCUUGCUGGAAUCCUACCCCUGGGAUUGCUACGUCUUCGCCCUGGCGGUUUUCGUCACGCUAACCAAUCAGAUUCACAAGUGGAGCCACUCCUACUUUGGCCUCCCGCGAUGGGUCACGCUGCUCCAGGACUGGCAUCUGGUGUUGCCACGGAAACACCACCGCAUCCACCACGUGUCGCCGCACGAGACGUAUUACUGCAUUACCACCGGUUGGUGCAACUAUCCGCUGGACCAGCUGGGCUUUUGGAGAUCCAUGGAGAGAUUAAUCGAACAGCUGACUGGGCAGAAACCUCGAUCGGACGACCUGGCGUGGGCAAAGAAAACUGACUGAAGAACAAAUACACAAGGGUUGAAUGGAGGGAGGGGCAUGCAAAGGAAAAUGUACACAAAUAGGAAUGAAUGGGGAAACCAGACAAAUGCAUAUAAAUGUAACUCCUGUCUCUGUGCUCAUCACUUCUUUGCUGAAGAGCAAACACAGAAUCUGCAAACAAACAAAACGACGGUUCACGUGAUUCGUAGACACGUUGGAGUCUGUAUUUGAACAAGCUUUGAACACAGCGAGGUCAUCAGUAGACCAGAAACAGCCAAUCAUCUCGUGCGUUUGUAAGCCUGUGUGAGCGACGCGGCGUGCUGGUGUGUAGGAGGUUUCUGGAGGUUGGGCUCUCCAGGAGUGACACCACGCUGCCUGUCGCAGGCACAGCACGCACACACGCAUGCACACACUCUC